AACCACGAGGGAGAGAUAAAAGAAGAUGCUUUGUAUGAACCAGAAGCAGCAAAAAGAAAGAAACCAAACCAAAGUUAACUAGAAAGAAGAAAAAAUAAACUUGGGUCCCAUGGCAGAUAAGUGACUGGUCAGCAAAGAUUGAAGCCAGAGACGUUCCUCAACACAUAAAAGCCAAGACUUUUGUUUGAAAAACUUGUGGUGUCCAUCCAUCAAAUGCCAAUUGAAUCAAACCAAAAGUUGACAAAACAAAACACCCUCCACCGGUCCACCCUAUCAUUCAUUUCUUAUGUUCUGUUGCCUUGCCUGUUUAUUAAAUCCCUACAUUUUCCCCCACCCUUUUCUUUAACGAGUAAUUCUAAUAUUUAAAAGAAAAAAAACAUCUUUUUCCCCUCUAUCACCAAUCCUAGUCCUUACCAUCAUCAUCAUUAUCACCAACCAACCUCAACAACAACAACAGCUGCCUCUGCCUAUCAUUUUCAUUUGAUUAUAAAAACAAUUUGUUUCCAUUUGUUUUUUAUUUUCUGUAGUUGGGUUCUUUUGUUUUCUGGGGCAUAUUAUUAAUUUAUAAUAUUAUUAUGUGAAAAAAGAAGAUGAAUAUUUUUGCUAUUGCGAGAGGAUGAGAGUGAGAGAGAAUUAUGCGAACCAUUUGCGACGCUUGUGAAAGUGCUGCUGCUAUCGUCUUCUGUGCUGCCGAUGAGGCUGCUCUUUGCAGUGCUUGUGAUGAAAAGGUCCAUUUGUGCAAUAAGCUUGCCAGCCGGCAUGUUCGGGUGGGUCUGGCAAACCCCAGUGACGUUCCUCGCUGCGACAUAUGUGAAAAUGCACCUGCUUUCUUUUACUGUGAAAUAGAUGGAACAUCCCUUUGUUUACAAUGUGAUAUGAUUGUACAUGUUGGAGGUAAAAGAACUCAUGGAAGAUAUCUUGUCUUAAGGCAGAGAGUAGAGUUUCCAGGGUAUAAACCUGGUAAUAUAGAGGAUCCAGCUUCACAGCCUUUGGAUCCCAGUGAGACCAUGAGAGGCCAAAAUCAUGCAGCUAAACGGACAGUGGGAGAGAACCAACAAAAUGACAAGGCCUGUCCUGUUCUAAGGAUGGAUGCUAAUGCUGAUGGUCAUCUUGAAACGGGUACUAAAAUGAUAGACUUGAAUAUGAAGCCGCACCGAAUACAUGGGCAAGCCUCAAACAAUCAGGAACAAUAAUUCACUGUUGUCGGCAGCUGUGAUAUGAUGAUAAGGCGACCUGGUUCUCGGUUAAAUUUUAUUUGGAAGCCUGGAAGGCCUCGUUUCAUGCUUAUGUUACAGCUCCGUAGCUGCUCGAUUUAUCAUCUCCUGGUGUAGCUUCUAUAGAAUAGUUUUCUUUUUUCAGACAGCUUUCAUAGCUCAUACUGCAAAGCAAAAGAAUGUAACCGUUCCUUUGUAAGUUUUGUUUUGUUUUUCCCUGUACUUCUUAAACCACUUGGGAGAAAGAAUGCUUGAGAUUAUGCUUAAAAAGUAAUGCUAUGCCUGGUACUACCUAGAGAAUCUCUUACUUACAA